UCGAUUCCAUUCUCGAGUUUUCAACAUUUUCUACACUGUUUUCAGGGCAUUGUUUCUUCAGGAUUAGCAGUAACCAUGAUAGCAUGGUGCACAAAGCUAAAAGGGCCUCUCUAUGUUUCUUCGUUCUAUCCGUUGGCACUUAUCUUUGUAGCCAUAGUUGGUACGCUUGUUCUUCACGAGGAGCUGCACCUUGGAAGCAUUAUAGGAUCAAUAUUCAUCAUUGCCGGCUUAUAUAUUGUGUUAUGGGGAAAAGCCAAAGAGAUGAGAAUAGCUGAAACUGAAGCCUUAAAAAGUAUAGCUGAAACUGAAGACUUAAAAAGUAACAACAAUGGAGUCAUUGAGAUCAUCUCAUUUGCUGGUGGAAAUCUGGCUACUGCUGCAAUAGUCCCAGAAUUAGAAACUGAUCAUCAAAUUGUUACUACAUCAGCUGCAACACUUCAAGAAGCAUAACGGGAAGACCCAACUCAUAUAUCCAAUCACCAGUUAUUCUAUGCUCAAGUUCAGCAAAAUCAAAUGUUUUUUUUUUCACUUUUCCUGAUUU